UGUUUCCAUUUAAUGCUUGAACUACGCGAUAUAUUCAAGAAAAAUUGGAGCUUUCUCUUCUCUCUCUCUCUCUCUGCAAUUCAUCACUCUUUCUCUCUAUAACCCAAGACUUGCGAGGAGAGAGUAGAUCAGAGACGAAUCUUUGGAAGGUGUUCGUUUGCAGAUGGAUUUUGGUAAUCCGAAUUGUGUUUCUCUUCUCUCUGGAUUCUUUCAUUCAUAAAAACAAUAGUGCGCUUGAUUUUUGGAUGUGAAGAUGGGGAUUGAGAAACACGGUUCCAAGCAUGGAGGAGGUUAUGUCGGUGGUUUCCUACAGCUGUUUGACUGGAAUGCAAAAUCACGGAAGAAGUUGUUCUCAAGCAAAUCUGAUUUAUCAGAGCAAUCAAAACAGAAAAAGAGAAGUGAUGGGAAUCUGCCGAUGACACGGUUUAAUCUGAUGGAUGAAGAUGAAUUUGUAGCAGUUUCGAGUAUCAAAGGAAGUAGUGACUAUAGUUGUGCUUCGUCAGUGACUGAUGAGGAUGGAUAUGGAACUAGGGCACCCGGGGUAGUUGCCAGGCUAAUGGGAUUGGAUUCCAUGCCAACAUCGAAUACCACAGAGCCCUUCUCUACCCCAUUUUUUGAUUCUCAGUCCCUUCGAGAUGCUCAUUGUCACCGAAGAAAAAUUGAAUUUCAUCACGACCAUCAAAGCAUGCAUUCUGGAAAUUUGCACAAUAAGGCGGAGGUCCCUAUUCAAAAGGCAAUGGAGCCAAAGGAGCCAAAGCCUCUGAAAAUGGUAAAUAGGCCAAUUGAGAAAUUCCAAACUGAGAUUUUACCUCCUAAAUCAGCUAAAUCAAUUCCAAUUACCCACCAUAAGCUUUUGUCUCCAAUCAAAAGCCCAGGUUUCAUUCCACAUAAGAAUGCAGCUCACAUAAUGGAGGCAGCUGCUAAGAUUAUUGAACCCACACCUCCGGUUACUACUACCAAGGUCAAAAUGCCUCUGCUUGGUACUCCCUCAGUUCCUUUGAAAGUUAGAGACUUGAAAGAGAAAGCAGAAGCUUCUCAACAAUCACCAUCGAGGCCAGUUGAAGCUUCUAGUUCUAGGAGGCCAGUUGAAUCAAAUGCUGCUAAGUUUCUCAAGGGGCAAUCUAUGAAUAAGAGCUUGAAUGGAUCAGUAGAUACAACAUCGUUCAGGAUUUUUUCUGAUUCAGAAGAUUGUUCAAGUGUGAAGAAUAAGGGAAAAUCUAUUUCACUCGCACUCCAAGCAAAGGUCAAUGUUCAGAGAAGAGAAGGCUUGAGUGCAAGCAGUAGCAGAAGUUCUUUUGGCCAGAAAGAACAGGGGGAGGCCAUCUCAAGCCAGACAUUUAAAAGUCAAACGAAUGGCCAAAAGAGUUCACAGAAGAAACCUUCUGCACAUAAUGCUUCAAGUGUGCUCAGACAGAAUAAUCAGAAACAGAACUGCCUAAAUGAUAAAGAAAAGUUACCCUCAAAGUCCUCACUUUCUAACUCACAAGGUAGAAAAGUGUUAUCUGGAGAUUCUUCUGUAGGGAGACAUAAGAACUUGAGUAAAUUUGGAGGGAACUCCAAGGUUGGUUCGAGGAAGCUGGGGCCCGAGGUAACGGCUAAUAAAAAAGAAGUGUCAUAUUCCAGCACAAAAAAUGUUCCCCGCAAGAAACGAUCUAUAGAUGGGAAUUUCCUUGUGGAUAAAAGUCCAGUCAUUGAUAGCAUGUUGGUUGGUAAAACUGAGAAGCCAAUUCAAUCUAAAUCAGUUGUAGAUAGGCACUUAAUUUGGGCUGAGGAUAGCAAAAGGAAAGGCACUGAUGUUGUUUCUUUUACAUUCACAUCUCCGUUGACACGAUCAGCGUCUGCCUGUGAGAUCUCAAGACAGGUGCCAGAGAAAAAUAAUGGUUUUUGUUCAGACUACAGAGGUAAAAAGUUGUCACUCAACUCAGAUAGUGCAAAUAGUACAAAGCUAUCUUCCCCGGGACAUAAUGUGUCAGGAGCUGAUGCGUUAAGCAUUCUGUUGGAGCAAAAGCUAAGGGAAUUAACUCAUGGAGUCGAGUCUUCCUGCUACAAAGCCGGGACAGCUAGUUAUUCUGCUUCGAUUUUUCAAGAUUUAGUAUCCAUUCCUAAUGCAGAAUCUACCAUUCCAAAGUCACAUGAUAAAAUGAGCCAAGGGAUGGAUAUGGACAAACUGGGCGGGCAUUAUAGCUCCAUUUUUUCUUCAACUGAUUCAUCAUUGGGAUUCAUGACGAAACUGAAGCUUCAGGUAACAGAAGAAAUGGAUGACUGCAGCAGCUAUGAUACAGAAGCCAGAAAGUUGCUCCCCUGUCGACAUCCAAGUCCAAUCUCCGUUCUUGAACAUUCUUUUUUCACAGAAAGUUGCAACUCUUCAGAUAGUGCAGACAGUAACAGUAUAGAAGGUAUCAAGCAGUCCUCAUCAGUUCAAGCUCAGGAAGUGCUCGGUAUGAGUAAUUUGAAGACGUUCCAUUUACUGGAAGCCGAUGCAGAAUUAUCAGACUCAGCUUCUUCUACAUCUACUAGAACUGUUGCUAGAAGGAACCAAGCUACCUUAACCAUGACUAAUUUUGAGGGAUCAGCCAUUUGGGAAUUGGAAUAUGUGAAAGAAAUACUGUUUAAUGUGGAGUUGAUGUAUAAGGACUUUACGUUAGGCCGUGCACGUGAGAUCGUAAACCCUCAUCUGUUUGAUCAGUUGGAAAAUCGGAAAGAGGUCCUAGAAAGUGAAGGAAAAGAGCCUAAGUUGAGGCGAAAGGUUUUAUUCGAUUGUGUCAGUGAAUGUAUGGACUUGAGAUGCAGGCGUUACGCGAAUGGGGGAUCCAAAACAUGGGCAAAAGGGUUGUCAACGUUGAGAAGAAAAGACCGGUUAGCUCAAGAAGUGUACAAGGAGAUUUCAAGUUGGAGAGACUUGGGGGACUGUAUGGUUGAUGAUCUUGUGGACAAGGAUAUGAGUAGCAAUUAUGGAAAAUGGCUUGAUUUUGAAGUCGAAGCAUUUGAAAUCGGAGUAGAGAUCGAAGGUCAAAUUCUUAAUUCUUUGGUUAAUGAACUGGUUGCUGAUAUUUUUCUGCUUUAAUCUCGCUGAUAAACUCCAUUGUAAGUUAGUCCCCCACAUUCAUUUUCUUGGAGGGUUUUGCAUCGUUUUUUGGAUUGUUAUUUUGUUCUUACAAUCAAUAUUUAUACAGUUUAUUUGUUGUGAUUUAUUUGAACAGUCCUUGAAAUCAUAAUCAGCACAAUCAAGUAAAGGGGGGUUGUCUUUUCA